AUGGCGAACUCUGACGGCGCCUGCAUCCAGCAUUACAUCCAGCAUGACAUCCAGCAUGACAUCCAGCAUGACAUCCAGCAUGACAUCCAGCAUGACAUCCAGCAUGACAUCCAACAUGACAUCCAGCAUGCCAUCCAGCAUGACAUCCAGCAUGACAUCCAGAAUGACAUUCAGUAUGACAUUCAGCAUGACAUUCAGCAUGACAUCCAGCAUGACAUCCAGCAUGAAAUCCAGCAUGACAUCCAGCAUGACAUCCAACAUGACAUCCAGCAUGACAUCCAGUAUGAUAUUCAGCAUGACAUCCAGCAUGACAUCAGCAUGACAUCCAGCGUAACAUUCAGCAUGACAUCCAGCAUGACAUCCAGCAUGACAUUCAGCAUGUUAAAUGAUGACAAAGUCAUGUUCAGUACUACAUGCAAAUGUAAAGCUGCUAUUGACAAUGUCAUUUUCAGUACAGCAUGA